UAUUAAUUGACGGAAUAACCAUCACUUGGCAUCAGUUUACUCUGAGAACAAUUUGUGUGUACAUUCAGCUUCUGAGAGAACAAUUUGCAUCAUGAGUCAAGUGUGCGUCUUCGGAGGGGAUGACGUUGCCGUGGCCGACCUGUGGUCUGCCAGGACGCACGGAAGGUUCCUCGAUGUCACCUUGGUGUGCAGGGGCGGUGCUCUCCUGUGCCAUCGCGUGGUCCUGGCAGCUGCUUCUCCCCUUCUCGCCGCAGAGUUGCGAGGGGCGCACUCCGUCAUAAGCCUGGUCGACGUUCCUCUCCAACAGGUGUACUUAGUGCUGCAGGUCAUGUACCGUCAGUCGUUCUCCUUUCCGCAUGCGGAUCUGCCAGGAUUUCUUGCUGCUCUACGCCGGUGCGGUGUCGAUCCUCCUCGGUACACCAUCAACCGUGUUGUCAUUCCUCGAGUGGAAGGUUCCAUCCUCCGGGCUUUGCUGAGUCGACCACUGGUUUCUUCAUCUCCACAGCUAAAUGAAUCGCCAACCAAACGUCUUCAAGAAGAUGUCGUGACGUCGUCGAGUGAUCCCCUUCUGUGCUGUAACCGCUGGUGGAGCUGUUCCGACAAUUUGACCGAGCAUAGACUCUCGCCUGAACAUCUUGAUACAUACGAGGACAACUGCUUCGUUUCUAGCACUGCUGAUUAAAUACAGGACAUAAAAAAAUAUUUGGCUCUAUGUUUGCACACCGCAAUGGGUAUGGGAAAUGUGUACCUG